UCACUGGCUCUGGCUCAAAGCAAAAUGGCAAGCUCGACGAACUAAGUGAUUUAAAUUACUUGAGAGGCAAGCUCAAAAUUAAAAAUUUGACAUCUUCGGAAGAUGGUAAGACAGCAAAAGCAAAGUUGUACGAGAAGCACCAUCUUCUAUCCUUAAUAUUGAUUUGGGAUAUUGACGCUUCAGUUCAUCAUGCUACUGAUUGUGAGGAGACACUAGAAGAUCUUCGACCGCAUCCAAAUCUUAGAGAACUAUCUUUAUCUGGUUAUGGUGGCAGCAAGUUUUCGAGUUGGCUUCCAUCGCUCGAAAAUCUUGUCAAACUAUCUUUAUCGAGAUGCAACAGAUGUCAUUGCCUACCACCACUACACCACUUGCCUAAUCUUGAAAUAUUGGUAGUAGAUGAGUUGAUGAAGCUAGAAUACAUUUUGGAGAAAAGAGCCUCAUUUCAAUCCUUGAAAGAGCUCCGACUUACUAAUUUGCUGGAACUAGAGAGAUGGUGGAAAGAUGGCUUGUUAGAAAAUGUGGAAGAAGAAGAAGAAAUGUCCACAUUUCCUAGUCUUUCUAAACUGGUCGUUGAGGAUUGCCCCAAGUUGACUUCCAUGCCUCUGUUUCCAUAUCUUGAAGAUCUACUAGUGCUGAAAAACACUAGUUGGGAGCCACUUCAAAGGACUGUGGCUGCAAAAGAAGUGAAAAUGUUUCCAAAAACAUCUGAAUAUGAAGCAUCAUCAACUUCUUUCACAGCUUCUCCUCUGUUUAAAUUGAGGGCACUACAAAUCAUUGAUAUGUCCAAUGGGGAUCAGCAAAUGUGGCAGUCCCUUCGCAGCCUCCGUUGUGUGACGUUGGAUCAUCUUGUUGACAUAAACGAUCAUCUCCAAGGACUUCGACAAGUGACCACCCUGCAACAACUCCACAUAUGGCGAUGUAAUAAUUUAAAGGAAAUUCCGAGUUGGAUCAGAGACUUCAAAUCGCUUAAGACAAUUUCGAUCAAGCUAUGUCCCCAGUUGACAAUACAACCUUACAGAAACAGCCCCAAGCUGGACAUUGAGGACUGUCCUCAAGUUUCUAACAUGGAAAGCAUGCUUAAAAAUUGGUCUUACACCUAAUAUAUAUAGUCCAAAAUCCUCUGCUGUUUCAGGAGAAAUUGUGCGGUUGAUGUUCUUGUUUCUCAGGCUUGUUUUCUGGAUUCUCCAAGUUGGCGGUUUAGUUCGUUUGAAUUUACUUAUCCUCAUCUUAAUAACGACUCUGUACUUUUGUCCAACUUUUAUUUUUGGUUGUUUGAGCUUGCUUGCCAUGUUGUUUAGUUUGUUAGCUAUUGUGUUCUGUGGCCUUUUCAGUUUGGUUUCUCAUGUUCUUCUUAUUUCAGACAUUGUAUUGUUAAUUAUUUUGUCAGCAUAUGAUUCUCUUAUGAUGCUUUUUCUCCUUGGUAAGUCCGACAUUUUAUUUAAAAAAAAAAAAAAAUUUUGUUCAUGGCAUAUUGAAGAUACAAUUCCAAGUUUCAGUGUAAUAAAAAUCAUAAUAUCAUGAAAUAGUACAGUGGAGAAUAGUUAGUUUAGUUAAAAGCAGUUGGUUAAGAUCAGUUUAGUUGUGUUAAAGUCAGGAGACUCUUGAUUACAUAUUGCACAGCUUGUUAAUUACUUGGAUAUUAAGACUUAUCCGAUUCUGAUUAGCUCUGGCAUUGCUAUAUAAUAAAAUGGUUGAGUUUCAUUUCACUGUGUAAUUCUGUUCAUUCCUAACUAUUAUUUUUGGCUAAGGUUCUCAUAGUUAGAUCCAUUUGAAGUUUUCUUUUUAAGAAAAAUGGGAAUCUUAUUCAAUUGAAUCAGCAAAGAUAUUUAACAAUUUAUCUGCACUAUAUAUCUGGGAUUUACUUGUUCACUAUAAAUCCAGGAUUUGUGAAUAUGAGACAGCUCAAGAUACAAACAACUUAGUUUGCUUCUUUAGGAGAUCAGAUUUGACCUGUUUAUUUCUGCCAGAGCCUUGAAAUGGUUUUAGGGUAUGUAAAAUUAUAGAUUUGUUGGUGUUAGAGAUGUCGCAUUGGCACAUAUUAAUUCAAGCAUUCGAAGUUGUUUCAGCUAGUCGAAGAUAUUGUCUAAUUGGACAUGUUGUGCACAUUUAUGAGGUUAUGAACAUUUUACAGCAACUUUACCCAACUAUGAGCAUUCCUAAAAAGUCAAUAAAGGGUGGUUGACUUUCUACUCUGAAAGUAGCCCGGUCUCCCCUUUCUAUUAUAAUUAUUUUAUUUUGUUCAAAAUACUAAACUUAUAUUUAAACUUGAAAUUAAUUUUUUAAGACUUUUCCUCUCCAUAUGCCCUUUUGGUUUACUUUCUAUAAAUUAUAAUUAGGCCUGAUAAUCUUCCUCCUUAUCUCAUUUGUAUAUCUCAAUUAUUUUCCCAUCUUUUUCUUCUUAAGACUGUUACAAAAAUGAGUUGGCUUUAAGAUAAUGGAAAAUGUUACAGCUGAUUUGAAUCCUUGACCAAAAGACUGAUUGCACAGAAACUGAAAAACGAAUCCGACAAACUCACCGGGAUUUGAUGCCACCCUUUACGCCGAUUCCAAGUAAGGUGAAAAAGCUAUGGGAUACAUGGGGCCUCAGGCUGUGCAUCACCACAAGUCUCUUACUGCAGGCCUUCUUGCUAUUAUUAGCACCUUCUCGUCAACGGUCACGAAGCAACCUGCUCGCCAGGUCUGUCUGGGCCGCUUACCUGUUAGCCGACUGGAUUGCUGCUGUGGCUAUAGGACUAAUCACCAAGAGCCUCGGCGACCCCGGCGACCCUGAAGGCAAUGAUGAUCUUUACGCUCUGUGGGCAUCGUUUCUUUUGAUGCACCUCGGAGGCCCUGACGGAAUUACUUCUCUGUCUUUGGAAGACAAUGAGUUAUGGAUACGACACCUCUUUGGACUCUUUUUGCAAGUUAUUUCAGCUGCUUAUAGCCUGUACAUGACACUCUCCAACAACAAGCUAUGGUUUCCUAAUGUCUUAGUUUUCAUUGGAGGGAACAUCAAGUUUGCAGAGAGAACUCUGGCUUUACGUCUCGCAAGCUUGGACCACUUUGGAGCUACCACGUUGCCAGAUCCAGAUCCUGGUCCAGAUUACCAAGAAGCUGAACUAGUAUACUCUACAAUGAGGUCUGUCCAAGUUCAAAACUCGAUAACAGAGAUGAUGAUAUCGACCAUGCCUGGUGGGGUUAGCAAUUUUGGUACCGCUGAACCUAUUUCUUUCUUCGAAGGAUCAAUUCAGAAAUUUUUUGAUGAGAUGAAACUGCUAGAAGUAGCAUAUUCCUUCUUUGGAACCUUUAAGGGACUUGUUGUUGGCUUCCUUCUCAGCUCCAAAGAUCGAGAGUCCAGUCGAAGUUAUUUUCUCCAUGAAACUGCCACUCGUGCGUUUAGAUUGGUGGAGUACGAGCUUAGCUUCAUGUACCAAGUUCUCCACACCAAGGCAGUUGUCAUACAUGGAAAACUUGGUUACUCCCUUCGCUUCAUCACUAUUUGUUGUACGGUUUCAGCCUUCUUGCUUUUUCUAUUCAUUGGAAAACAUGGUUUUGGUCAGUUCGAUAUUGGUAUUACUUAUGCUUUGUUCAUUGGAGCCAUUGUCCUUGAUGCCAUUUCUGCUUGUAAGCUUAUCUUUUCGGAUUGGGCCCUCAUGGUAGUUAAGGAUAAUCGGAUCAUUAGACAUGUUCCAGAAGCUAUAUUGAAAAGAAAAAGAUGGUCCGAAUCAGUUUCUCAAAAGGACAUAAUUAGUCAUUGUCUGGCACCUAAGAUGGGAUUCCGAGACUUGGUUGGUUGUCUUCACAAGUAUGGGGAGUUAAAGCUGAUGAAAAGGAUCUUGUGCAAUUUUUCGUACUGGAAAACAGUCGAUAGUUAUCUUAAGGACUUUAUCUUCAAUGAGCUGAAGAAAAAAUCCCAAAAGGCAAGUAAUUUGAAAGAUGCAAUGGAGGCAUGUUCCGAAAGAGGAGAAGCGGCUCUCUUGCAGAACUCUUAUAGCUAUAUCAAACUAAAAUGGAGCAUAGGAGAGUUCCAAUAUGCUGAAAGCCUUCUUAUUUGGCACUUAGCUACUGAACUCUGCUACGAUCAGACCAGUUUAAGUACUUCAGAAGGAGAAUCAUUCUGGCAACUAUUUGCUCAACGCUGUUGUCGCACAUGUGUUUGCCAAGGCUACCGAGAUGACCAAUCAAGUGGCAUUAACCAAGAGGAAAUCAACUAUAGAAACAUUUGCAAGCUCAUUUCGAAUUACGUGUUUUAUCUUUUAGUCAACAAGCAAGUCAUGUUGGCACCAGUUUUGGGCAAUUGGAACAUAGUGUUUAGCGAUACUUGUGCAGAAGCCAAAAGAUUUUUCAAAAAGCACAAGAUUUUAAGUCAUGCUAAAGCCUGUGAGAAGAUUCUAUCAGCGAAGCCCAAAGUUAGAUCGACAACUAUGAAGGGUGACAGGAGUAAAUCUGUGUUCUUUGAUGCAUGUAUUCUGGCACAACAACUUCAGAAUGAGGAAUCCCAGUGGGAGAUAAUGAGCCGAGUUUGGGUUGAAAUGUUGUCAUAUGCUGCCAUUAAUUGUAGGCCAUUCAUUCAUGCACAGCAACUGAGCAAGGGAGGAGAGCUCUUGACUUUCACAUGGUUGCUAAUGAACCAUUUGGGCUUGGGCACCCUAUUCGCCGAGCAGGAACAGCAAGCUGGAACAAAAAUGGUUACAAUCAUUUGAAUGAGACUUAGAUAUGCAUGUCACACACACACACACACACAUAUAUAUAUAUAUAUAUAUGUGGGGUAAUCCUCACAACUCUCAUAAAACGAUAACAGCUCACACCUCAGCUACUUGAAAGGAUAACGGCUGUCAAGGGCAGUUUUGUCUUUUUCAUCUCUUGUAAUUUUAUUUCUUCUUUAAAUAGGUUCUUUUAUUUCUAGAAACAGAGAAGGGUGAGUUACUGGGUUGUAUUUUGUGGGUGAGAAAUUAUGAUUGUUUUGAGAGAAGCUUGUGUGUUAGAGGUUCUGGGUUUGCAUCGUGUAGAUGCCUUGAUGAAGAGAACCUAAGUUGCAAGCUAGUGUGUUCUUGUCAUUGCUGGAAAGUAAUCUAUUGUUGUACAUUUAUGAGUAUUUAGUGGAAAGAGCUCAACUGGAAGUAGGUCAAUUCUGUUGGGGCCGAACUAGGAUAAUUUCUUGUGUGUUUUUCCUUUUAUCUGUAUUAUUUUUUUCUGUUAUUUGAGCAUUGCAGGUUGAUUUGA